AUGGGUGGAAGUUGUGCGUGUUCACAUAAGACGCCACUUACGCUCAUGCAGCGAGAUCAGCAGGUGUAUUAUUUUCUCCAUCCUAGAUAUGCAGGGGGACAACCAAGGAGUAUGGAAAACGAAAAUUUCAGAUAUCAGAAUAAGCAGGUCGCCAUCAACUACAACCCUGUCGACGAACAGUGGGAGAAACUGGGAGCCUGGUUUGUAGGACACACAUCUGAAAACAAAGAUGAGUUCUUUGAUCUCGCUUUUGAAACAAUUAGACGUAAUAUAAGGCCAAAAAACUACUUCCCUGACGACGAACCUGGCAUCACACCAGCCAUGAAGGCGUCAAACACAUAUAGAAAGGAAAUGGAGAAGAUGAAAGAUGAACUAGACAACUUAAAUUGUAGACUGCAGGAAUCAAUUCCGCUCCCUAGCGUACGAUAUCAGGGGAAUGUUGCUCAUGACACAACUAUAGCUGCAAAGCUAGGUUAUCUGUCUGCCUGGAUGACUAAUUCAAACAACGCCGCUAGUGGAGGAGGCCCUGUGACGAUCCAGUUGGAAAAAGAGGUUGCAGAUCAACUCUGUCACAUGAUUGGAUUUGACGCCGAUGCCUCGUCAAAACCAUGGGGCCACAUAACGAGCGGUGGUACCGUAUCAAAUGUGGAAGCUCUGUGGUCUUCUCGAAAUGCGAAAUACUUUCCUUUAGCGGUACAGAAGGCAAUACAAACGGAUAGGUCUUUGAUAUCGGCUCGUGGUAUGACUGUAUUUAUUCCAAGGCUCGGAAUAAAACAGAAGAUCAUCGAAGCAUCCGCAUGGGAUUUACUCAACUUAGACAUUAACAAUGUAGUGGAGCUGCCACAGGAGACACAGAAAAAUAGUGGAUUGGGAGAAAAAGAAUUCAAGAAUAUCAUCCAGAGGUACAAUAUCGCCGAUAUCGGAUUUGUUUCAUUUUACAAUGACCAUCAACUGAAAUCGGCCCCAGUCAUCAUUGGUUCAGUGGCUAGCCAUUUUUCCCUCCAAAGGGCUGCGACUUUGCUCGGGAUCGGGUCGAGGAAUAUGGUGUCAGUUCCUCUGGACCAAUAUGCCAGGAUGGAUAUAUCAGCAUUGCGGGUGGUCCUCCAGGAAAUGCUUGACAAGAUGGUGCCGGUGGUUGCAGUAGUUUGUGUGGUGGGUUCGACAGAGUACGGAGCAGUGGAUGCCGUAUCGGAGGUUCUGCAACUACGGAUGGAACUUCGAAAUAAGGGCAUGAAUUUCGCUAUCCUAGUAGACGCUGCAUUUGGAGGCUACUUCGUUUCAAUGCUGAAGAGAGAUACAAAAGAAGACUCGAGCCCUCUCCCAAAUUUUCCUAUGAGUGAAUACACCCGUCAACAGUUCCAUAGCCUGGCGAACGUCGAUACAGUAACCAUCGAUCCACACAAAACUGGAUAUUGCCCUUAUCCAGCAGGUGCACUCUGCUACAGGAAUGGUAAUAUGAACACAUUCAUAGGAAGUGUUACAGACAUGCUACCAAUCGACAAAGAUAAACCGAUUAACUGCUUUGGAUUGGAGACAAGUAAACCCGGGGCUGGUGCAGCAGGCGUUUAUCUCGCUCACAAGGUGAUUGGACUGCAUCGUCACGGUUACGGUCGGAUCCUGGGCCAAGCAAUGAUGGGGGCUAAACUAUUUUACUGCGCUUGGCUGACUGCUGCAGAUCCUGACGACGAUUUUGUGUGUGUUCCUCUGAUCCCUGUACCCCCCACUACGGGCCUUGACGAGAGCACGGCCAGGAUAUUCAUAAGGCAACGGAUAUUUGGAACAUCAUACAGUGAACUUAAUCAGGACGUGGAAGCAAUGCAGUUCCUCACCGAAGUUGGUUCGGACUUGCCUAUUAAUGCCUUCGCUGUGAAUAUCAAGGGCAACACAAGUCGUGAACGAUGUAAUCGUCUGAACCUGGCUGUCUAUGAUAAGUUGUCGCACAAAGACCCUGGAUGUACAAGUGUCAACAACAUAGUCGACGAUUCUGACGAAAAACUAACUGUUCUGCGGAGCACAGUCUUGAACCCAUGGACGGCAGCUAACAACAAUGUUCAGAUGCUGACAGGGCACUUUAGGGAUGUUGUCCGUGAUUGUAUUACAGAGAGGCUUCUCCAGAGAUAUAAGAAUGAAGUCAACCAAGAACCUGGAACAAAUAAAGACAUCAUUUACUGGAUGAAGAAUGAGGCUACUUAUCAAAACCUUAGCCCAGACGGUUAUGAAGGAGGCCUUAUCAUUGAUGAGAUGUCACUUCAAGAAGAUUUACAAAUGAAAAAGCAACGCCUCCAGGAGUUCACAUGUUUCCUGAAGUUUCACACAGACUUCAUUGAUGACAACCCGGCAAUCAGACAGCUCCUCCUCGUCCUCAUCAGCAGACACUCUGUUGUGACAGUAACAUCUACAGAAUGA